CUGGGUGUGCAGGAGGGCUGUGGCUGGGAAGGAGCUUCCCUAUUUCAAGAGCUGCCUGGAUCUGGAAACCUUCCUGCGGCUCCUUCCCUGCGGGACAGCCCCGGGACACUGCACUGUGCAGCCCCCCCCGGAUGAGGGGACCCUGAUCACCAGAGUGCCAUCACACCCCCGCCAUGCCCUGUGCUGGGCACUUCCCACCCCACAACUCCCUGUGAGCAGGGAAGGAGCCUGAGCCUCCUCCAGGUCGGGUGACUUUGGUCUCCACCGGCCACCAUGGAUUGGAAAACACUGCAGGCACUGCUCAGCGGGGUCAACAAGUACUCCACAGCCUUCGGCCGCAUCUGGCUCUCCGUGGUCUUCGUCUUCCGCGUCCUGGUCUACGUGGUGGCGGCCGAGCGCGUGUGGGGCGACGAGCAGAAGGACUUUGACUGCAACACGCGACAGCCGGGCUGCACCAACGUCUGCUAUGACUACUUCUUCCCCAUCUCCCACAUCCGCCUCUGGGCCCUGCAGCUCAUCUUUGUCACUUGUCCUUCCCUCCUGGUCAUCAUGCACGUGGCCUACCGGGAGGACCGCGAGAAGAAGAACCGGGAGAAGAACGGGGAGAACUGCCCCAAGCUCUACAGCAACACGGGCAAGAAGCACGGCGGGCUGUGGUGGACCUACCUGCUCAGCCUCUUCUUCAAGCUUAUCAUAGAGAUCCUGUUCCUCUACCUCCUCCACAAGAUGUGGGACAGCUUCGACUUGCCACGGCUGGUCAAGUGCACCAACGUGGAUCCCUGCCCCAACACCGUGGACUGCUACAUCGCUCGGCCCACCGAGAAAAGGGUCUUCACCUAUUUCAUGGUCGGAGCCUCCUCCAUCUGCAUCAUCCUCACCGUCUGUGAGAUCUUCUACCUCAUCUUCAAGCGAGUUGUCCGCGGUGCACGGAAGUGGAAGAAAUCCACCAAGCGCUCCGUCAGCUACAGCAAGGCCUCCACCUGCCACUGCCACCUCAAGUCAGAGGAGAAGGACAACAAGUCCCAGACUAGAGGAGAGGAGCUGUGAGCUCGCCCGUCCCAGCUGGUUCACAUUCCCCUUGGUCCAGCAGCUUUUCCAGCCACCCCUGAACCCUCAAGA